AAAUCUCUGACGUUAUGCUGAUAUUACUGUGGAGAUAACUUUGAGGCAGUUGGACUUAACGAAAAAAGAGAGUGUAUCCAUCACAUAGGUGAAAUGUCAGCGAAAAAGGUCGUUAUCGUCGUUAUCUUAGGGUUAGCUGUAUCAACACAGGGAUUGCUUUUUAACCGUGAGCCCAAAGAGGUCACUUAUGGAAAGUACGGCACAUUCAAGGAACAACCAAAUGUUCGAUGGAGCAUCUUCAUUCGCCGCCCAAGUUUACCAGAAUCUCCAUCCACUGUUGGCACAACAUUUCACUUGUUUACUCGAGGUGGCUCUUUGACAGUUGAUGAUGAAGAUUAUACGAACCUAAUGGGCUCAGACUUCGACAUCUCACGACGCACGAUAUUUAUAAUUCACGGUUUCAAUGAAGGUAAAGAUACCUGGGCAGUGAGAAUGAAAGACGCCCUUCUAAAUCAGGAAGAUUGCAAUGUGAUUUUGGUGGAUUGGUCUGAAGGAGCAAAAAACCAACCAAACAUUGAUCUCUUAAAGAGCUAUCUACAGGCUGCUGGAAACACUCGACUGGUAGGGGCUCAGGUAGCAGAGCUGAUAAGGUUCCUGAUUUCUAGCGAUGCUAGAUCACAUGAACCGGAGUUCUAUAUUGUGGGAUUUAGCCUCGGUGCCCAGACAGCGGGGUAUGCAGGGAGCUACUUAAGGAAUAAAGCCGAGAUGACACUUAGUCGUAUUACAGGAUUAGAUCCAGCUAAUCCUUUUUUUAGGAACGCCGAUGUUAACUACCGAUUGGACCCAAGUGACGCUGAGUAUGUUGACGUCAUACACACAGACAUGGAUGUCGCUGGGACGGACAAAGCGACAGGUCAUACGGACUUUUAUCCAAAUGGGGGAAAAAGUCAGCCUGGUUGUAAAUCCGAUCGGCUAGGGCUAGACUCCUUGAAGAAUCUCGCCUGUGACCACAUGAGGGCUACAGAAUACUACAUUGCAACAAUUGAACCAAAGAAAGACGAACCAGAUUGUUCCUGGAAAGCGUAUCCGUGUGGAAGAUACUCUGACUUUGAGAAACGAAGGUGUAUGACCUGCAAUGGGGAAUGUCCCACUAUGGGGUACCUUGCCGACAAAACCAAACGAACUGGAGAAUUUUAUCUGGACACAAACCACCAAGCUCCGUUCUGUGGGUCGCUUCCAUGGUAAAAAAAAUGCUGUCUGAUUCGCUGGUGAAGAAAUUCUGCUUUUACUACUUUGGUGAAUAGAGAAUUAUGAUUACGGUGUUGUAGUAGUUUAGUUCUGUUUUUAGUUUUACUUUAACGAAGCCCAAGUCGUGCACAAUGUGCCUCUGUUUUCGACAGGGACAUUUUUUAGUCUUUUGUAACUGCAAAUGAAAAAUGCGAUAGUUUGUUUGUUUGUUUAUUGGAUAAGUAGGCAUUCAAAAUGAAUAAAAACUGGAGGGUUGGCUGA